AUGUGGGCUUGGAUGAGUGCAGCUGGACCAGGCGAGUUAGUAUAUUUGCCCGAGAGGGUUACUGCAAUAAAUUACCUGGAGGUGUUGCAAGAGACUAUGUUGCCGACUGUGAGACUCGUGUAUCCGGAGUCAGAAGUGCCGGACAUAUUAUUUAUUACUCCAGAAGCUGAAGAAAUUGGAGCUCUGGCAUCCAUUUACGGUGACGACUGGAACGUAGAAAGUGACAGCGCAAGAUCUUUCUGCGUCAGGAUAGCGGAGAAUAAAAGAGAAGUGUUACUGUAUGUGACAAUGCCGCCCAAUUACCCGGACCAGGCGUCUGCGAAGUAUGAGCUGUCGGCGCCAUGGAUGGACAGGAAGAGCAAGGAAGCGCUGCAUGAGGCCUUGGAUCAAGUUUCAUUGAAAAACGCCGGUGGGGCCACUAUAUACCAGUGGGCUGAGAAAAUUCGGGAAAUCGUGCGCGUGCGCGAACGCAAAUCUGAGAAGCGCACGACUACAAAGAAACCCACUAAAUGCAAUGGUGGUGACGCCGCGCUUCACCCGCCCUAA